CUCUGCGGAGCCGCAUGAACAAUAGGCGGCGGCGGUUCCUGCGGGCGGCGGCAGCCCCGCACCCUAUGGAUCGGCCGCUCCAUGGAGCCCUCCAGAGCGCUUCUCGGCUGCCUGGCGAGCGCCGCCGCUGCCGCCCCGCCGGGGGAGGAUGGAGCGGGGGCCGCGGCCGAGGAGGAGGAGGAAGAGGAGGAGGAGGCGGCGGCGGCCCCCGGGGAGCUGGGUUCCGAAGCACCGCUGCCCUACUGGACGGCGGUGUUCGAGUACGAGGCUGCAGGCGAGGACGAGCUGACCCUGCGGCUGGGCGACGUGGUGGAGGUGCUGUCCAAGGACUCGCAGGUGUCCGGCGACGAGGGCUGGUGGACCGGGCAGCUGAACCAGCGGGUGGGCAUCUUCCCCAGCAACUACGUGACCCCGCGCAGCGCCUUCUCCAGUCGUUGCCAGCACGGCGGCGAGGACCCCAGUUGCUACCCGCCCAUUCAGUUGUUAGAGAUUGAUUUUGCGGAGCUAACCCUGGAAGAGAUUAUUGGCAUCGGGGGCUUUGGGAAGGUCUAUCGUGCUUUCUGGAUAGGGGAUGAGGUUGCCGUGAAAGCAGCUCGCCAUGACCCCGAUGAGGACAUCAGCCAAACCAUAGAGAAUGUUCGCCAGGAGGCCAAGCUCUUUGCCAUGCUGAAGCACCCCAACAUCAUUGCCCUUAGGGGUGUGUGUCUGAAGGAACCCAACCUCUGCUUGGUCAUGGAGUUUGCACGUGGAGGGCCUUUGAAUAGAGUGUUAUCUGGGAAAAGGAUUCCCCCGGACAUCCUGGUGAACUGGGCUGUGCAGAUUGCCAGAGGGAUGAACUACUUACAUGAUGAGGCAAUUGUCCCCAUCAUCCACCGCGACCUUAAGUCCAGUAACAUACUGAUCCUCCAGAAGGUGGAGAAUGGAGACCUGAGCAACAAGAUUCUGAAGAUCACUGAUUUUGGCCUGGCUCGAGAAUGGCACCGAACCACAAAGAUGAGCGCAGCAGGGACAUAUGCUUGGAUGGCACCCGAAGUCAUCCGUGCCUCCAUGUUUUCCAAAGGCAGUGAUGUGUGGAGCUACGGGGUGCUGCUUUGGGAGCUCCUGACUGGCGAGGUGCCCUUCCGAGGAAUCGAUGGCUUAGCUGUAGCUUAUGGAGUGGCCAUGAACAAGCUCGCUCUUCCCAUUCCUUCUACGUGCCCAGAACCUUUUGCCAAACUCAUGGAAGACUGCUGGAAUCCCGACCCUCACUCACGACCAUCUUUCACAAAUAUCCUGGACCAGCUAACUACCAUAGAGGAGUCUGGUUUCUUUGAAAUGCCCAAGGACUCCUUCCACUGCCUGCAGGAUGACUGGAAACAUGAGAUUCAGGAGAUGUUUGACCAACUCAGGGCCAAAGAAAAGGAGCUCCGCACCUGGGAGGAGGAGCUGACGCGGGCCGCGCUCCAGCAGAAGACGCAGGAGGAGCUGCUGCGGCGCCGCGAGCAGGAGCUGGCCGAGCGGGAGAUCGACAUCCUAGAGCGGGAGCUCAACAUCAUCAUCCACCAGCUGUGCCAGGAGAAGCCCCGGGUGAAGAAACGCAAGGGCAAGUUCAGGAAGAGCCGGCUGAAGCUCAAGGAUGGGAACCGCAUCAGCCUUCCUUCCGAUUUCCAGCACAAGUUCACGGUUCAGGCCUCCCCCACCAUGGAUAAAAGGAAGAGUCUCACCAACAGCCGCUCCAGUCCUCCUGCGAGCCCCACCAUCAUUCCUCGCCUUCGAGCCAUCCAGUUGACACCAGGUGAAAGCAGCAAAACCUGGGGCCGGAACUCAGUCGUCCCCAAAGAGGAAGGGGAGGAGGAGGAGAAGAGGGCCCCCAAGAAGAAAGGACGGACGUGGGGGCCAAGUACACUUGGUCAGAAGGAGCUUGCCUCAGGAGACGAAGGUGGAUGGCUUGGAAAGUUGCCUAAGCAUGCCGUGAGCUUGGAAGGAGAAGUUGAGAAAUGGCCCAUCCCUGCUAGCUCAUCUGCCCAGGGCUCGCCUGGGAUCACAAGGCUUCGAAUUGCAGUAUCUCUGAUGUCAGCAGUGUGCUGGACACAGUGUCCUGGAGUGAUCGUCUCUGCCUUAAGCCUCAAGUCCCUGGUAGAUGGAUAUAAACAGUGGUCGUCCAGUGCCCCCAACCUGGGGAAGGGCCCGAGGAGUAGCCCAGCCCUGCCAGGGUUCACCAGCCUUAUGGAGAUGGAGGAUGAGGACAGCGAAGGCCCCAGGAGUGGGGAGAGUCGUCUACAGCAUUCACCCAACCAGUCCUACCUCUGUAUCCCGUUCCCUCGAGGAGAGGAUGGGGAGGGCCCCUCCAGUGAUGGAGUCCACGAGGAGCCCACCCCAGUCAAUUCAGCCACCAGUACCCCUCAGCUGACGCCAACUAACAGCCUCAAGCGGGGUGGCACCCACCACCGCCGUUGUGAGGUGGCUCUGCUUGGCUGUGGGGCUGUUCUCGCGGCCACAGGCCUGGGCUUUGACCUGCUUGAAGCUGGCAAGUGCCAGCUGCUUCCCCCAGAGGAGCCUGAGCCACCAGCCCGGGAGGAGAAGAAGAGGCGUGAGGGUCUUUUCCAGAGGGCCAGCCGUCCUCGUCGGAGCACCAGCCCCCCAUCCCGGAAGCUCUUCAAGAAGGAGGAGCCCAUGCUGUUGCUAGGAGACCCCUCUGCCUCCCUCACGCUGCUUUCUCUCUCCUCCAUCUCGGAGUGCAACUCCACCCGCUCCCUGCUGCGUUCCGACAGUGACGAGAUCGUGGUGUACGAGAUGCCCAUCAGUCCGGUUGAAGCCCCACCCCUGACCCCUUGCACCCACAACCCCUUGGUCAACGUCCGAGUGGAACGCUUCAAGCGAGACCCUAACCAAUCCCUGACUCCUACCCAUGUCACCCUUACGGCCCCCACGCAGCCCAGCGGUCACCGGCGGACUCCUUCUGACGGGGCCCUCAAGCCAGCGGCUCUCUUAGCCAGCAGGAGCCCCUCCAGCAAUGGGUUGAGCCCCAGCCCAGGAACAGGAAUGUUGAAAACCCCCAGCCCCAGCCGAGACCCAGGUGAAUUCCCCCGUCUCCCUGACCCCAAUGUGGUCUUUCCCCCGACCCCAAGGCGCUGGAACACACAGCAGGAUUCUACCCUGGAGAGACCCAAGACCCUGGAGUUUCUGCCUCGGCCACGUCCUUCUGCCAACCGGCAACGGCUGGACCCUUGGUGGUUUGUGUCCCCCAGCCAUGCCCGUAGCGCCUCCCCAGCCAACAGCUCCAGCACGGAGACACCCAGCAACCUGGACUCCUGCUUCGCUAGCAGCAGCAGCACUGUGGAUGAGCGGCCCGGACUCCCGGCCCUGCUCCCGUUCCAAGCGGGGCCGCUGCCCCCUGCUGAGCGGACGCUUCUGGACCUGGACGCAGAGGGCCAGAGCCAGGACAGCACCGUGCCGCUGUGCAGAGCCGAACUGAACACACACAGGCCCGCCCCUUAUGAGAUUCAGCAAGAGUUCUGGUCUUAACACGAAAAGGGUUGGGGGCGGGCAAGGGGGAAGCAGGAGGAGAUGGGGGGAGCUGGCUGGCACAGCCCUUUCUCGGAGUUGGACCCCCUGAAAUCCAGCCCUACUUCUUGCACUGAUAAUGCACUUUGAAGGUGGAAGGGAUGGAAGCAGGGCCACUUCAGAGGGUCCCCUGCCCUGUAGGGCCUUUCUACCCAUGUCCACUGGAAGGGGCUGCGGCCAUCAGCUCUGGCUGUGUAGGGGAGGGCGGGGUGCGUGCAUGUCCCCCACCCUCCACAGUCUUCCUCGCCUUUACGGUGACUCUGCAGGGUCACUCAGCCAAAUCUGUCUGCUGCCCCCUCUCCUCAGCCCCCUGGGUAAGCCUGGAGCCUGUCCCGGAGUCCUUUUGUGAGCCCUGAGUUCAGCCUUCCCAAACACCAGUAUUGGAUGAUCUGUGAUUGAUUUUGCUCCUCUUCCACAUUCUUCCCCAGCACCCAUGAAUCAGAGUCUCAUCUGGUGUGAGAUAACACGCUUUUGUGUGCCCUAAGCCCUUACAUGCCCGCUGGAGGACUGAAGGCAAGGUGCCCCAGUGUGGGACGUAGGAGUUGAGGGACCUGGUACUUACCCGCCUGCCCUUCCAGGUGCCCCGCUUAUUUAUUUGAGCCCCACAGGGGUAAGGGGACCUGGGGGGAGGAGAGGGAAUUAGGAAAAACAGAGUCGAGUGGCAGCAAAGAGGGUAACAGAGUCUGCCCUUGUUCCUUUCGGAAACACACAAAUAAAGGCAGAAACCAGCACCUGUUGAUGGCAUCCAUCUCCUACCCGGGGUCUGGACGUGGCCAGACCAGUUUCCGAUACAAACAUGCUCAUCCCAGGGAUAGUUUCUUGGGAGACUCACUCACUGGUGCCAGUUCUGAAGCCAGAGACAAAGUUCCUGUGUUGGUCCGUUCUGUUGUUCUGGUCGUUAUGUGUUAUGCCCUUCCCUGGAUCUUUCCUCCAAUCCCUGGAGCCAGUGGAUUAUGUGUUUGGUUGGUAGAUAUCUCUGCACUGCACCAAAAUAGCAUAUUGGUGGUGGGGGGGUGGGAGGGUCCCGGACACUGGGAGCUGGAACUGUGGGGAUUUCUUCUCAGCCACACCAUCCAUUACGGGAUGCCCUUGAAGUAAGACGGAGCCAUUAGUGGUACCUUCCACACAUGGAUAUGGUGAGGCGAUGAUGUUCGUGGGGUGCUUAGUGAGCCACUGAUAUACAGGAACCUUUGAGCCCCAGGCACUGCAGACUGACCGAGGGCUCAUGCCUCUGGGCACAGGUGGCCCCUGAUGCUGGGCUCUGGACCCUGAGCUGGGUAGGAAGGAGAGCAGAGGCCAACCCUGACUUUUCUGGAAUCUGUUUCCUUAACUGGAAUGUUGAGCUGCUUGUGGAGCUUCCUCCUGUGUGCCUGCACCAUUUCCACUUCCCCUGGGGCCUCCCGUGUCAAGUGUGAGCGGUUGCCUUUGUGCAGGACGCACACGUAAACUUGAUUGGGAGCAGAGCCUUGGGUCAUGCUCCUCUCCCCUCCAGACUCUCCAAAUGUGGCUUCCCUGUCUCUUAUCAUGGAAUAUUUCCUUGGAGACGUUGGCGGACCGCCUGCAGGUUCCCUGCAUUUGCUGCCCGCCUGCCAGAAGGAGGAAAGCAGUGAAGCUGGCACAGAUGAUGAGUUUGGUCACCGCUCUGUCUCUCUGUCACUAUGAUCAAGUCCCAACCCGGGAAUGAGGAAAGGGGUGACCUUGGUUUUCGAAUGGCUCCCGGUUUUAUGAGCUCGCUGGCACUUUGGUUCAAGGGCCCCCCCUCAUCUUGGGUGGGAGGCACUCAGUUUUGUUGCCCAUGGUGUCUCAUCUCUCUCCUCUUUUUUCAGUGAAGACUGUAGAGAUUUCUUUUUUUUUUUUUUUGCCUCCGUCCCCUCACCCCUUGGCUGGGGUGGGGGGGGGGGGGAGGAGUUGUGGAAUGUGAAUCCUAUUAACAGUUCCAGCCAACCGAGGGACUCCUCUUCAUUCUUGAUUGGGGAGGGGGCCACAGAUGGUGUGUUCUGGGCCCUUCCCUGGACUCUCCAUAGCCCCAGUUCCUAAGUCUCUAAUGUGUCUAUAAGCCCUUGGUUCCACUAAAUGGCCCUUUGGCGGGGCACAGCACACAGCAUAAUCCAAACCUUGCUGGCUCUGGACAGUGCUCUGUGCUGUGAGGCAAUUGACCGUUUUCUACUUUUUGUUGUUAGGUUGCAGCCAUCUUUUGGGGAAGUGGUAGUAUAACUGAUGUAAUGGGCACGGAGUGGUGGCCACUUGCCAUUGAGUAAGAGGCUGAACCCAUUUCUUACUCCUCCAGCCGGAGGAAAGACAAAGACUGGGUCUGCCAUUGGUAGAAUUGCACCUGUCGGAGGCAGAAGCAGGAUUAGUCUGAGGCUGCUUCGUGAGCUGGCGCAAAGACAGAGGCAUUCUCUCAGCUCCUCCAUAUCCCGUCUCUGAUGGGCCCCUGCCUGCCACAUUCUCUCUCUGUAAGGUGAGGCGUGGUGGGAUAAGGAUCCUAUAGAAUUUGAGUUGUCCACGUAGGCUCCCUUGUCUCUAUGGUCACGGUCAGGAGCAGGCCUUGAAGCUGGGAUUGAGCCCCUGCGUUGGCAGUAGCCAGAAUCCCUUUUACUCUUUCCGUUUCUUUCCUUCCCUCUGUUCUUGGCAGGUGUUCAUUACCCAAAAGUGAUUGGAUGAUUGGAAUCCAGUGGCCCCCAGCAUCAGGGGCCACCAGUGAUGGUGAUUGGAAACAGAUACUGCUCUCUGCCCUUUGUCCUCAGAUCCCUCGUCUCCUUCCACUGAUUCUAAACAGGAUUAUCCUCUGUUUACCCCCCCUUGGGGAUCCAGGUCCCUGCCAGGGGCUGAGUGGAUGUCUCCAUUAUCCUCAUAUUAUUUCUAAGAGGCUUGGUGGUUACUCUCUCUUCACUUCACAUCCUUUAGUAUCCCAAGGGUCUGGUAGUAAUGAUGAACGUGAUGAUGAUGAUGUCUUCUAUUUGUCAACUCAGAAUAGUGCUAACCUUUCCUCCUGGCCUUUACAAAAUUGCAUCAUUUUCCUUCUGAUACACUUGCUGGUAGAGAAGAGAAAAUGCUUAAAGAGGAAGAAAUUCAAGGGAAGGGAAAUUUGAAAGCUGCCUGGACUGGUCGCUGAGUCGGGCACCAAGCUCUAAGACUUGAACAAGGUGUCUGUCUUCCACCAUCUGUUUUGCUGUCUGGCUCCCCUUUUAGCCACUCUCACAUUUCCUUCCUGUAAAAGCAACCAUUACCUGUUUCCCGGUCAAGGGCAAUGAGAACAUGUUUCAGAGCAGGUCGGCGAAGCAUGCAGCUCCCAGCCGGCCAUUAGGACAAAUUGCUGACCUUAACAGUGUGGUCCUCACCACUUUUGCCUCUAAGGGACUUGCCUAGUGUUUCUUACUUUGGUUUCUGGAAGAGUAGUGGUUUGGAGCUGGCUUAGAAUGACUAACGGGGGCCAUGGUCAGGCACAUCUUCUGCGUUUUUGCAGCACCUGGUGUUUACAGACCUCCUUUCUGAUCCCCCACUUAACUUGUCAGGCUGGUCUUUCCCAGCAUUAGUGUCUUAGGAAGGAGGAAAAUAGGAGACCAGGAGGCUGGAGUCAGCAUCAGAAUGACAGUUUGGGGUCUUGGAGUUUUUAGGAGUCAUUCCCAGAGUCUUGUUUUUUUCGAGACUGGAAUGAGGCCAAUUUAAUUCCUGGAAGAAUCUUUGCGAGAAGGUCUGCCGGCCCUUGGGACGCAUGUCCUGGUGUGAGGUUCUUUACAAGGCCCCUUUCCCCUCAGACCACGGUUGCUCAGGGACACAACAGGACAUCCCAAGGGCAUCUAGGUGUGGCUUGUUGUCAACACUCCUAUUCCUCAGUCCCCACAUUGGGCCCCCCUCCUCCCUCUGGCCCCCACAAGGAGGGAGACCCCUCCUGAGCAUUGCUAACUCUUCAAGCUUGCUUUUAACAAAAGCACAGAACAGCGGGUUCUGAAAGGCUGGAUGGCUGUGAAUGGUUACACUUCAGGGAGCCUUGAUCUUUUCUUCAUGUGUUUAAUUAAGCCUGUGCUUUUGACUCAGGUAUGUGAGCCCCCCCCCCCCCCCCCCCCCUGCCUUCAAGCUGGUUGGAAACACUCCAUUGCCUCUUGGAGGAUUCGGGGGAAGAGGCAGGUGUUGCCCUUGCUGUAGUGCUGGGCCUUUCCUGAAAGCUCUGCCAGAGACUGGCCCUGGGUCAGGGGUGAGAGCAGCCCGCACCGCAGUGUGUUGUGAUCAUAAAUGACCAUGGUGGCAAGAACGGCAGGAACACGGUGACCUGAGCUGCCCACAUGCUAGUGUGCGAAGUUGCAAGUGUCUCCUCCCCUCUGUAGACCUGUGAGCCCAACAACGAACUGAGGAUGAUGCUGUCUUCUCUACCUGAAGCACGAAGCCCUUUAACUUUAAAAUGUAUGGUCCUGGAACCCAGGGUCCAGCACUGAUAAGCCUCACCUUGCUAGUUUAUUUCCCUUUGUGGAGAAAAGUGUGGGGGUUGGGUGGGGUGGGGGGUGGUUGUAGGUCAAAACCAGCCGAAUAUUGGCAAUUUCCUGUGGUUCAGCCUACUAGGCCACUUGCCUCUCUCCUUGGCUUCAGGCCUGAGGAUGGCUUCUUGUCAAGCUACAUUUAGUCCUAGGAACACAUUCCUAAAUGCUCUCUUCUUUCAGACAAAUCAUUGCUUUCUUAGAUCAGGAAUUCAAAUUAAUAAAAAUCCACAUCAGAAAGGAGAACCCACUGCUGCUUCUGGGAGUUCUCGGUCCCUGGCACCUUCCAGGCCUUGCCACUGGACCCUUGGCAUCUCAGGCACUGGUUUUUGAAGGCAGGAGGCAGAAACCAGAGUCCCAGCUAAUUACGGCUAAUUAAUAGGAUUUAGGUGCCUAACCAGCCUGACCCAGCUCUGGGCUUCUGGUUGGCUGUGCAGGUCAGGUGAACCUCUCAUCAUCUUCUCAGACUGCUGACGAUUUCCCAUUUGUCCUGAUGAGAUAUUGACAGCCCUCCCGCUUUGUUCAUUUCCGGUCUUGGGCACUGGCAGCACCCUGGCCUCCCUAGACAGCUCAGGGAGCCCGGUCAUUUGUUGUUCUGAAGGUCGGGCUCUUUCCUUAACCUGGAAGCCGGUAGGACUGGUCUUCCUGAUUCUUACUGCCUGUGGUUCCCUGCAUCCCCCGCCUGUAGCCUUGCUUUGGGUUGUUAGCUCACGACUGCAGCUAGAAAUUGAGAAGAGCCAUUGUGUUGAGCUACAUGCCCUUGGAACCCAGCUGUAGCAAAGAAGGGAGAUGAUGAACUUGUCAACUUUCUCCUCUGAUUUUCCUCACUAUCCAUCCUAAACACACACGCUCACACAUUCACACACUCACAUAUUCACAUGCUCACAUACAGAUUUAGACUAUCUUCUAGAGGAUUAAGGAAAGAAGUUGGAGAUGGGUUUUACUUAGUUCGCAGAAAAGCUUUCUUUGGGAUUUUCCUUCCUGUUAGAGCCUUUGAGUCUAGGUAAAGUGAAAGUUCACAUAUGUGUUCGUUUUGUUUCUCUGUAAUUAGCUACUAGUUCUCAUCCCUAGGCCUUCCCCGUUUCAGUGUCUUGUUCAUAUGUCCUAACCCUGUGUCCUUGAAUUCCCAUUUUGCUUUGGGAUUUAAGUUAUUGUAAUUUGUCAACAAUAUUUAAAAAUAGAAAAGUCCUGAAGGAAACUUACCAGGUUCUUUUCUUUGGCUUUUUUUUUUUCAAGGUACUGUAAAUUGUUAACUAGGGAUGCCAAGCAGGCUUGGUUCAAUGGCUAAACCUCUUAUCGUAUUACAGUGUAAUGCCGAUUCAGCCUGGUCCCACCACCAGAGCACACACAGACUUGAAUAAAACUGUUACAACAAUGA